CAUGUUGUCGAUGGAAAGUGAUAGACCUGUGAGAUGAUUGAUAUAUCGCAGACAAUUUGUUCUAUAGUUGUGUUAAUUUUAGAAGUACGGCUUCACUCUGCAAGAUGUAACACUAUCGAAAGACUGUCUUUUGCAAUUGGGGGGCUUGAGAGAUCUAAAUGAUGAAGAAAUUUUUCUCGUCGGGAGGAGGGAACGACCAUCAAAGUAGUUUUGUUGGCAAGACUUUGGUGGUGGGACGAUGUCAGUGCAUCGUCGAAGAAGUCAUCGCCGAAGGAGGAUUUUCCUUGGUGUUCCUUGUGAGAGUUCCCAGUGGAAAGAAACAUGCUCUCAAACGGAUCUCAGUCAACAAUAAGCAUGACUUAGCAAUCUGCAAGCAAGAAAUUGACAUAAUGAAACUUAUGUCUGGCCACAAGAAUGCUAUCACCUACCUUGCCUGCACCAUCAAUCAGAUUUCUCCUGGCAUUUAUGAAGUGCUCAUUUUGAUGGAAUAUUGUAGAGAGGGCCAUGUUGUUCAGUUGAUGAAUGAACACAUCAGCUCAGGCUUCAGUGAGUCAUUAGUACUGAAGAUCUUCUCAGAUACGUGUGAAGCAGUUUCCAAGCUGCACCAAGCUGAUCCACCAGUCAUUCACAGAGACCUUAAGGUAGAGAAUAUUUUAUGCAGUAGUCGUGGUGACUUUGUUUUAUGUGACUAUGGUAGUGCAACCAGAAGAGUUGUCAACCCACAGGAGGAAGGUGUCACUAAGGUAGAGGAGGAAAUUCAAAAGUAUACAACUUUAUCUUACCGGGCACCUGAAAUGAUAGAUUUAUACAGUGGCAAAAUAAUUUCAACAAAAGCUGAUAUCUGGGCUCUCGGAUGUCUUCUUUACAAGUUGUGUUUUUUUACUUUACCGUUUGGUGAAAGUCCUCUGGCCAUACAAAGUGGUCAGUUCACCUUUCCUGAAAACUCGCGCCAUUCGCCUGAACUUCACAGACUAAUCAGUUACAUUCUUAACCCGGACCCAGACAGUAGACCCGAUAUCUUCCAAGUGUCCUAUGUAGCAUUUAAACUCAGAGGACUUGAGUGCCCUGUUGCCAAUACUAAGAAUGUAAGAAUACCUGACUCUCUGCCUGAGAUAUCAUCCGAGGGACCGCAGAAGACAGAAAACAUUGGUCGUGUUACUCCCAAAUUAAGGCGGCCUGAAGGUCCCGUUACCACUUCUCUCGCCCCUCGCCAGCGCCCACGAGCAGGUCAGGGUGCUCAGCAGUUGGCUUCUUCCCAGGCAUCAUCGCAUUUAAGCCACAUUGCCAGUCCUCAGCUAAGCCGCAAGCAAUUCACGCAGGCGCAGAGAGGAACUCUGGAUGUUCAACAUGGUCAUGGCUUGAGUCACAUGGCCAGUCCUAGACAAAACAGAAGGAACAUCUCACAGAAUCAUACAAGGGAACAAGAGAAUUAUGGACCUCAUCUGCAAGCUCAAGGAAAUGUGGGUCAAGUACAGGACCCUAGAAAUAUAGCUCAUGGGGGGCCAGAUAUGGUUGCUGGGCAGCUUAGGGGUGUCCCCCAGGCUUCAACAGUCUUUCAUCAAGGUCGUCAAGCCCAACAGGGUGUAAAUGUGGGCUACCCACAGCAAAUGACAAGGGAGCAAUAUCUACAGCAACAGUACCUGCAGCAACAACAGUUAGCUCAGCAGCAGUACUUGCAACAACAGCAGCAUCAGCAGCAGAUGUUACUUCGGCAGCAGGAACAUCAAAGACUGCUCCAACAGCAGCAACAACAGCAGCUUCUACAACAGCAGCAGCAACAGCAGCUGGCGCAACAACAGUUGAACUACCAGAGAGAAGUACAACCAGGGCAACCCUACCAUCCUGGUUCACAACAACAGCGACAGCAAAAUGUCACCCAGCAAAUGUAUCACGAUUCUGACCAGUGUCAGCUCAAUCCAUUCUACGAAUACCAGCAGUAUCCAGUUGAGACGGCUUACCAGUGUGACGUUCACGACCGUGGUGCCGUUCAGCCUCAAAUGUCUAUUCAGUCUUCUCAAGGCUCAGAUCAGGGUUCAUCACUUCAUGCCAGACCUGGCAACGGCGAUGCCAGAUUGUUACGCCCACGUUACAUGUCACACAACCGCUCCAGGUCUGAUCCUAAUUUUGCCAUUGGCAACCAGUCUAAAGUGCAAGUUCAAGCAGCACCCUCAGUUCCUCUCCCAAACGAGAUAAAUUCGCACUAUCGAAGUCCCAGUGACCCAUCUCUGAACCUCGCCAAAGAGAAUGAUCAGUCAGACAUGCCUUUAGUAAAUAUUGAGUCCAACGAGGAAUCCACACCCCACUGGAACCCGUUUAGUCCAUUCUACCAAUCAAAUGAGCAGGAUUUUGUGGCCCCUCCAAGUGAUGUGACUGAUGACGACUUCGCCUCACUCCGGGAGAGUGAUGUGAAGAAAUCUCCCUUGGAUGUUAAUAUCACUUAUCAUCAACCCUACACAGCUAGUCCACAUGCGUCUGAAUUGCAACAAGAAACGGAUUUGUUCGGAGCAACUGCAUUUGGUAGCCACAUGCCGGAGUCCUACCCGCAGAGAGCUAUCGGCGAAUUUGCAGAUGGGGAAAAUUCCGCUGCCCAUUUUACGGACGAUACCAGUGCUGGCACUGAUCCACAGCAAUACGUUACACACGUUGUCCAAGAUGGUAAUAACCCUUUUCUCCAAGGCUACCGCAGUUCUGAGAUUGAACAACCCCUGAAUUUUAUGGAUCAGGCUUCAAGUGAUAGUGAACCGGAGGAGAGCACCGAGUUGGCUGAGUGCCCACCCCUCUCUCCGGGAUUUUCUGAUCCCUUCGGUGCGGCACCCUUCGUACUUCAGAAAUGUAAACAAGGUCCGCCGGCUUCUCCAGAUGCUUUUGGAGCUGCUCCAUUUUCCCCUCGGGCCCCUUCACAACCGAAAGGCAACAGUGAACAGUUGGUUAAAAAACCUGAAGAUCGCAGCCAGCCUAAUGCUGACUCAUUUGGUUUGUCAAGCCAGUUUGCUUCGAUGCAAGUAGGGACUGUUGCAGGAGGUUCUGUAAAUAGUGUAGUUUCCACUCCUUUUCAUGAUCUAAAUGAAGGCUUUGGAAACCCUGCGCCAUUCGGGGGAAAUGUUGAGCGCGAUAGCUCUCAAGGAGCCGCUUUUGAGGAUCAAUCGGGCUUAGUAAACCCUGCCGCAGAUUUUAUGGACAAUCUGGAUGACCCAUUUGGUGGGGUUUCAUUCAACGCGAACCCUGCCGUUAGAAGAAGAAACGCCAGGAAACAGCAGGUAUUGAUGAAGGAGGCUCCCGUUUCCGCAGCGAGGAGUGGUGAUCAAGUUCCUCGGGCUCGCCCUAGGCGACUUUUACCACAGACUCCAGACAAGCCUCCUGGAGGAACACGUCCAGUUCAACAGGCCAGGAUGCAAGGCCCUGUAGUUAUUUCUGUAGGCCAACCAUCACAAGGCCCUAAAAAAAUCUGAUCCAAAUUCGACAAGAGAUAGCUCGGCGUACGCUGCAACAUGAUCAUUUACACCUACUGUGCAUAGGGCUGAUGAGAGAACACACUAAAACGAGCAUUGAUCUAAUGGGAUUGUUUGAAGUACUUGAGGUGUAACGCUGUAUGAUGUACUGUGUGUUUCAGUGGAAAAGGAUGACUUAUUUUCGUCGGACAAACCAGUUGUUUUCAGGAAGUGAAAUUAGAAUUUACGAUUGUGCAAUUCACGUCCAUCACUUAUAAGUUUCAAACAGGGUUUAGAGAUAUUAGAUUGGCGGCAGUUAAAAUAAGUUUUAUACAUGCAAGUUGGACCAAUGUGCUCUAAAUCUUGCAUUUUAUUGUUGUAGCGUUUGCUUUCUUCUACGCGCUUUUCAUGUGCUAGCGGAUUUUGAUUCUUAUAAAGCAAACCAGGAAUAACAAAAAGACGAGCCGUUUACAACGAGAUUGUUGUCAAGGUACACACUGCAUUAAUGUGAUGUUCUGCCAACUUUUACCAAAAUUUUAUCAAUUUUUCCAGUUAGAGCGAAUUUCGAUCGAGGUUCGUAGAACCAAAACUGAAGUAAUCACUAAGGCCAAUCAGAAGAGAGGUAACGAUCUCGAGGCGCCUAUGAGAACUAAAAUGGAAACAAGCCAUCCUCCGAAGCGCGUGAAAUCGCAAGCGAAUAAGUUGUGAUUGGGUUUAGUUUUGAGUUGAAUCAGUCGAGAGGAUGGCGAAAAUUUUGAGACCAGUCACAGACUAGAGAAAGGAAAAACCUAUGCAAUCCCGGAUUGCUUUCCACACGUGUUUGAAAAUUGCUCUGAGUGCUAUUUCAUCGUUUUAAAGAACGUACGGGAAGUAUAGACUGUUUUGGUACAACUUGAAGUCGACUGAACUGAUAUUUUAUGUGAUUCGGUUGUUUCAGAAUAGGCUAGGUUUAAGUUGAAACAGUCUGUUCCUGUGCCGGCCCACAGUGUCUGCAUUGUCUUCCACUAACAGAAAUGAAACAUUAUUUUCGUGUACGUGGAAAUUGUAGCAGCCGUUGUUUGAUCGCGUGACCCGUUGCGUGGCACAGAAAUAUGCUUCUUGAAGUGACUAAGCAACGGCUGCAAAGAUGAGUAAAGUGCUUGAAUCCUUGCCGUUACACCAAGGUCACGUUUCUCUUUUUGGACGUGUUAAUUCGGCAUUCGAAGUACGUUAGGCGUUUUGUAAAUAGAUGUUAGAAAAUAUACCAGGGUGGAGAUGAAAUUGCAAGGCGCUAUCAAUAAAUCUUCUUUUAAUUUUCUUACUUGAAUAUCGCAAAAAUUAAUCCAGAAAAAGCGGCGUAAUAUAUUAAACUAAAUUUUUCGAUGUCUUACGUCUACUGUUUGUAACCUUGCAAGCCAGGGGUCUACUGAAACGAAUUUUUGAAUAGAUGUUGCCAGCAUUAUUCUUGCUAGUGAAAUAUCGAAAACCUGCAGAGCUCUAAGCGGAAAACCAAUAACUUGAUUUCUCCAUGUCUACGACGAGCUAAAAUUGGCCCGCUACCAAAAGCAACGGGAAACGAAAAAUAGCAAUCGUCAGUUGGAGUUCAUAAUUUCCUAGUUGCUUAACCCUUACACCUUAAUAUCUGUUUGGUUAUAUGCAUACGUUAUCCAAACUGUUCUCAAUAGGUUUCGUAAAAUUAUGACGUGGAGAAUUAGUUUGAUAAUCAAAAGUUUCUUUAGUAAUCAUUUCCUCUAUUCUGGUGACUGUAAUGUGAGAUUCGGGGGUGAUAUUGUGAAGAGAAUUUAGAUGCUCGUCACUCUAAGGAAUCAAAGGGUUGAAAGAAAAAGUUCACACCUGAACAGCCGUACUGAUUUAAAAUUGUUAAUCAUCAUAAUCAGUGCUGACCCUGACUGUUGUGCGUAGCUUUCGAAGCAUUCUCGGUCUUUACCGGCUCUAGAUGUUUUAUGGAUUAUCUUAGAUUUGUUACCGGUUCUUCAUUUCUAGAGCGACUCACUUUCGACCUUAGUUAUCCUCAGUGUAUCUACGUUAAGGACUUCAUUUUAAACUUUUUUUACU